AUGGCUUCUGUGCCUGGUUUUGAUUUCACCCAUGAGAACCAUGCUGCAAAUCUUCUCAAAGGUAUCCAGGAUAUGAAAUUUCAAAGAAAAUUCUUUGAUGUAGUCAUCUGUGUUGGCGAACAUGAAUUUCCCUGUCACCGAGUUGUGGUUGCAUCAUGUAGCACUUAUUUCCAGGCGUUAUUUUCUCAUGAUCUCAAAAACCAGACUAGAGUGUCCUUACACGAAGUGGACCCCACCUCAUUGGGAUUAAUUAUUGAAUUCAUGUACACAUCCAAACUUACUUUGACUGAUGACAAUGUUCAGUCUUUAUUGGAAACAUCAGAUUUAAUUCAAGUACUUGAAAUCAAAAAUGCCUGUGCCACAUACUUGGAGAGACAAAUUGAUUUUACCAACUGUCUUGGCAUUCAACAGUUUGCUGAACUUCACACCUGUCAAGCUUUAAGUAAGAAAGCCAAGAUGUUUAUCAUGGAAAAUUUCUCUGAAGUAAGCAAAGAGGAAGAAUUGUUAGCGCUUCCCAAGGAUUCAUUACUGGUGUACUUGUCAUCAGAUAAUGUACAGGUGCGCAGAGAAGAAGAUAUUUUGGAAGCUGUUUUGGCUUGGAGUCAUCAAGAAGAAGCUCGGGAACAAAUUUUAUUCAAACUUCUUAACUUUGUGCGAUUUAUGUUCAUAGAUGAAAAGUAUCUUGAAGAGAAGAUUCAAACACAUGAAGCGUUGAAAAGGUGGGAUGGUCUUAAUGAUAUGCUCAAAAAGGUGAAACAGUACAGAACUAUGACAGCAACUGAACUCUCCUCAAUACCUUGCUGCCAAUCACGCGUGUUUUCGGAAAUAGUAGUUAUUCUUGGUGGUAAUGUUGUGGGGCACGAAUGUCAAGUACAAGUCUAUGAUCCAAAAACCAGAAAAUGGAGCAGCUUACCGGAGCUUCCUCUUCACAAAGACCAAGUAGCUACCGCUGUUUCAUUGGGAAACAACAUUUUUGUUUCUUCACGUAGAGGAAAAUCUCUUUUGUACAAAUGGCAACAAAAGAAAUGGUUGCAUAAAUCUAGUCCGUUAUUGAAAGGGAGAUGGUCUCAGAGAUGUGUAGUAUUGGAUGGAUGGGUUUAUGCACUGGGCGGCAAAGAUGUUAACUGGGCCAGUGUCACUAGUGUUGAGAAGUAUAACCCUGCUAAAAAUACUUGGACUGAGACAACACCAAUGAUUCACACAGCUAGAAAGCCUGGCGUUACAGUAUGCCAUGGUAAAAUAUAUGUAAUUGGAGGCUAUUCUGAUGUUAACCCUCCACCUAGUCAGUGCUAUGAUCCUCUCUUAGAUCAAUGGAGUAUUGUUUCUUCCUGUCCUACUCUCACAGCGCAACAACCAGCUUGCACUGCUGUCACAUUGAACGGUGCUAUUUAUGUGAUAUGUGAUGUCACUGGUGUGCUGUAUUGUUACGAUCCUUUGAUUGACUCAUGGCAACUUAAAUCGCCUCAAAUUGUUGGUCGCACUGACCCAGGCAUGACUGUGUGCAAUGGCAGAAUAUAUGUAUUUGGUGGUUAUUACCAAAGCAACCUGGGUGCAGUAGAAACUAUAGAAACAUAUGAUGUUGUUGAUGAUACUUGGACUACUGUUGGUUAUAUGCCAGUUGCUGUGUAUAGACAUGGCUGUGUUACAAUCAGAAGACUGGGACAUUGA